AUGACCCAGGCACAGAUGAGGGACACACGGGACGCCCUGAAGUUCACAAGGAUGUGCAAGUACUGGAAGGUCAACCGUUGCCACCUCGGCGCAGAGUGCAACUUUGCCCAUGACGAGGGGGAGCUGAGGGAUCAACCGGACUUGGUAUCAACCCAGCUUUGUUUCCAGUUUGCACGCAAGGGCUUUUGCAAGAAUGGAGAGGCGUGCACGUUCGCACACGGAAAGGGCGAGCUCCGACGCCUUGCAAAGGCUGGCAAGUCUGGGCAUGCUGCUCCGGAUCACAAGAAGGUAUCCAAGCGACAUGGUUCAGACAACCGGCCGGCAAACUCGACGAUGGGCUGCGUGGGCAAGCUUCUUUCGGCGACGGCACUUGAAGCAGAUCCCAAGCUGACGCUGACAAUGGCCACUGCAGCAUUGACCUUCCGGCCGCCACCCGGCCUGGAAAGCUCGGGGGAUGCCAGCCCGAUCAGUCCUCCACCGGGCCUUCCCAUGUUUGUCGUUGCAGAGCCACAGCUGCCGAGUGCCUUUGGAGUGACGCUUCGGGAUGGCUUGGAGAGCUCACACCGCAAGCUUCUGCUCAAACAGUCCAGCAACGACGGCCUUGCCCAUGAGCUGCCGCUCAGACUGGAUGCAACGGUCUUGGCCAAGAGGGACGCGGACGUGGGCACCGAGAGCGCUUCAACUGCUUGGUUAAGCGGAUAUUCGUCUGACAGCAGUGAGCCUUCCAGCCCCAAGCAAGGACCCUUCUGGCUCUGA